CCCCCGUCGCAAGUCGCCGCAGCCCGUGCGGCUCCCAGGCAGCUCAUUUUCUGCUUCUCUAUGCAGAGAGAUGGGCAGCACGCAAACAUGGCCACCUGGCAAACGAGUGCCGUGUUAUUUCUGUUGGCGUUUGUGCUCCAAAGCUGUGUCGCUUUGAAAUGCAACUGUACCGAAUGCGAGAAGAAAAAUUUCCAGUGUGAAACGGAUGGUGCAUGCAUGGCUUCCAUCUCUAACAUCAAUGGCUUGGAGCACCACAUCCGUGCCUGCAUUCCUCGUGCCAGCCUUGUUCCUGCAGGCCAGCCCUUCUACUGCCUUAGCUCCAAGGACUUGCUCAACACACACUGCUGCUACACCGAUUUCUGUAAUAGCCUUGACCUCCGGGUGCCCAGUGGAAUCCCCGGAAUUGACUACUCGCCAUCAGGCUGGGGCUUAGUGGAGCUGGUGGCCGUGAUAGCUGGCCCGGUUUUCCUCUUGUUCGUGGUCCUCAUCGUGGCGGUGUUUCUCUUCCAACACCAUCAGCGCGUCUACCAUAACAGGCAGCGUUUAGACGUGGAGGAUCCUUCCUGUGACCACCUGUAUCUUGCCAAGGACAAGACACUGCAGGACCUCAUCUUUGACCUCUCUACUUCAGGGUCUGGUUCUGGGCUCCCACUGUUUGUCCAGCGCACUGUGGCCAGAACCAUCGUCCUACAGGAGAUCAUCGGUAAGGGCCGCUUUGGCGAGGUGUGGCGAGGAAAAUGGCGUGGAGGGGACGUGGCUGUGAAGAUAUUCUCAUCCCGAGAGGAACGCUCCUGGUUCCGUGAAGCCGAAAUUUACCAGACCAUCAUGCUGCGACACGAGAACAUCCUGGGAUUCAUUGCAGCAGACAACAAAGAUAAUGGCACGUGGACACAGCUGUGGCUGGUGUCCGACUACCAUGAGCACGGCUCUCUCUUUGACUACUUGAACCGCUACACGGUGACCAUUGAGGGCAUGAUCAAGUUGGCUCUUUCAGCAGCAAGUGGCUUGGCACACUUGCACAUGGAGAUUGUUGGCACUCAAGGUAAGCCUGGAAUUGCCCACCGAGAUCUGAAGUCCAAGAAUAUCCUGGUAAAGAAGAAUGGCACGUGUGCCAUUGCUGACCUGGGCCUGGCUGUACGACACGACUCUGUAACGGACACCAUCGACAUCGCUCCCAAUCAGCGUGUGGGGACUAAACGGUACAUGGCUCCAGAAGUUCUGGAUGAGACUAUUAAUAUGAAGCAUUUUGAUGCCUUCAAGUGUGCAGACAUCUAUGCACUUGGCCUUGUCUACUGGGAGAUUGCCCGAAGGAGUAAUGCUGGAGGGAUCCACGAGGAAUAUCAGCUGCCCUACUAUGACCUUGUGCCCUCGGACCCCUCAAUUGACGAGAUGCGGAAGGUGGUUUGCGACCAGAAGCUCCGACCCAACAUCCCUAACUGGUGGCAGAGUUACGAGGCUCUACGUGUGAUGGGGAAAAUAAUGCGCGAAUGCUGGUACGCAAACGGAGCGGCGAGGCUUACCGCUCUCCGGAUCAAGAAGACUCUGUCUCAACUGAGCGUUCAGGAGGAUGUGAAAAUGUAGCUGUUGGGAGAGAUGGAGCCAAAGGACACUUUGUGCAGGAGAUGAGGGGUGGGUGGUAGCAGGGGGUACGAGUGAGCAAACGACAAAAGACGCACACAAGGAUAUACGGCCUGCCAGAAAAGCCACAAGUCACAAGGCCUACCUCACCUUUAUGCACCAAAACUACUGAGUUUCCCAACCCCUGCCCACCUGCAUGUGCCAGCGUUCUUUUCUUCCCGCUUUGAGUGGCACUCCAUGAGAAACCCCUUUUUUUUUUUUUUUGCCCUCCCGCAUGCUGAGUAGGAAGCUGCUAAAAUGCAGUGGUCCUUGAGGUUAAUGUGCACUUCGAUUUGUUUUUUUUUCCCAAAAUCUCCUGUUUUGUGCCUGAGGGUCUCCUCUUUUACGUUUUUUUUCCCCCCAAUCACCGAGACAUGAAAAGGGUACUGUGGGUAAUGGGGUGGGUUGACGGGGUUUGUAAUGAGCCUUCAGGGUGUGCCCCGGUGCCAACUGCUCUUGGAACCUGGGACUACUGUGUAAGCUUCGAUAUUAGUCCAGACAACCUCUGGAGGCAGACGUGAUUCGCUGGGCGUCCGGCUCACUUGGCACCUGCAGCGGGGUGGACCUUUGGCUGCGGACUUUGGCGGCUGUCACACGCACUCUACAAUUUUGAAUUCUGUUCAAAUCGGACUGAUAAGCCAUAUGCUGUGUGUGGGGCCGCAUGCUCGUCGUGUGUCACUUAGAUUUUUUUUUAAUUAUUAUUAUCAUUAUUAUUAUUGUUUUUUUUUUUAAAUGAUGGAUGAAUACCUCGGAAAAGCAUUUCUAACAUAUUUACCAAAAAUGCACAUGCACAUACACUGGACUUUGUUAGGAUUUUGAUUGUUGCUUUUCUACUUUGAAGUGAUUCUGCCAUGCAAGGGGGCGUGGGGGGGGGGGGGGGUCAGGCUGUAAUUGGGGGUAGGGAGUAUAUUCAGAAUCCUAAAGGAUGUGUGCCCCCCACCCCCCCAUUGCUUGUGGAGGUUGCUGCUGUACGUGAAAGGACUGAUUCAGGGUGGGCUUCUCCCCCUCCAUGACCCCCCCCCCCUCAAAAAAAAUCUGCACUCUUGUUUAAUCUUCAUGCCCAGUUUCACCCUGUUUGGCAGCCCACGGACUGUGCGGCCUUCCCGAGCCUCUAUAACGGUGAAAGCGUCUCGCUUCGUAGUAUCCACUAGAUGGUGCUGCAGAGCCGAGUCCAUGUAAAAGACGGGCGCUCGGAACACGAAGGCCCUCCGGUCUCCGCUACUUGGCAGAGCUUCAGCCACUGUUUUCAGCUCAUCUUCUGUACUGGCCAUUUCUCAUCGACCGUGUGACUUGGCAUCGUGUGGCGGGAGGCCGUUUUAUGAAUUUGGCUGUGACGACAGCUGCCAUUCUGCCAGUUUAUUAUUUUUUAAAAUGUUUUCUGACCUCCUCUGUAUGCAAUGUAAAUAUGUAAGAUAAGUGUGUGUUGUGCCGACGAGGGCGGAGCUAAGUGGGUCAGGCAGUCGGGCAUGUGAAGCCUGCAUGCAUGACGUUUAUGGGGGCCAGCAGUCCUCGCUGUCUGGCAUUGGGGGGGGGGGGGGGGGGUCACUGGCUUGUCAUUUCAGAUGGGACAUUUCGAGGAUGCUUUUUAUUAUUGGGUGAAAUGAUCUACAAGCUUGGGGACGUGGUGCCCGAGUAGGACCAGGAGUGCAUCUCUGUUGGGGGAUGGGAUUUGGGACCCCCACACCCGGCAUUUCCUGUCCUGGAUGAAAGACACUAAACCUUGCGGCACGUAUUUAUAUUUUUAAUUUAUUUUCUACAGUUGUGUUCUUGUGUUGUAUUAUUGUUUGUGCUUGGCUCUGGAGAAACCCCCCUAACAGCACCACCCCACCCCUCCCCCCGGGUGGCUGAGGUGUACAGUCCAGAUACUUCAGGUGUUGGCUGACCCCCCAAACCCCAAAACUCUCCUCAGUGAUGAGAUGCACUCUGCCGGCUCUGAUGACUACUUACAUCUCUAUUGUGAUUUUGGGAAUUUCUUUUUCCCCUGGAGCACCAGUUUGUAAAUAAGCUGCUAUUACGAGGUGGGCCGUGACCAGUGCCCUCCGAAGUCCCAUCUGCAAGGCCAGGCCAGCCACACACUACGCUGCUUCUCAACUCGUUCCCAUCCUCGGGACUACUCAGGAGAAACUCUGCUGGUCCUGGGCCUGCGGGAGGCGCUUCUUUUAGGGGCUUUGAUGUUCGUCUCUCACCUGCCUUUUUUUUUGGGGGGGGGGGGGGUAUGGGUUCCUUUUGUUUAUUUAUUCUAAUGUGUUUUGGGUUUUCUGUGCACCUUUUUUUUUUUUUUUUUUUUUUUAAAUAUGAAACACUUUUAAAAAGAUGUCAAACGUAAAAAACACUUUUCAGGAUUAGUUUGCAAAACUUCUGUAUAGUAAGUAAGAAGAGGAGGAAAUAAAUCCAAUCCAUUUUCCAGUA